UCAACAUUUUCAUUUUCUUCAAUGGCCAUGAAAAGAACUAGAGAUAAUUCCGAGAUCGAAAACAUAGACAUGGCGAAAUGUCUAAUGCUUCUUUCUUAUAGCCUAGGGCACAACAAAUUACCAACAAAACAACCGACUAGUAUGGUUAAUGAUCACGUUUUCGAAUGCAAAACGUGUAACAAAAAAUUCUCGUCGUUUCAAGCUCUUGGCGGUCAUAGAGCGAGCCAUAAGAGAUCCAGAUUAUUCGUGGAUGGUGCAACUGCGAGUAGCGAUAUUGAUCUUGCAGUUGUAGCUACGGUAAAGAAGCCGAAGAUGCACGAGUGCUCUAUUUGUGGCGUAGAGUUUGCUUUAGGGCAAGCUUUGGGUGGUCAUAUGCGGAGGCAUAGAGCUGCUGCCAUGGCUAAAAAUGAUCAUCAUAUCGCUUCGAAAUUGCCGGUUCUAAGAAGAUCGAAUAGUAGCAAGAGGGUGUAUGGACUUGACUUGAAUCUAACUCCUUUGGAGAAUGAUCUUGAGUAUUUGUUUGGGAAGAUGGCUCCUAAAGUUGAUCUUUUCAUCUGAAUCUUCUUUUUAACUUUGUUUUUGGAUUUUUGUUCUUAUUCUUUCAAUAUUUCUUCAUUUAUUUUGUACAAUCGUUAGUUUUAGGUCCAUUCUUUCUAUUUAUCAAUUUUUUGUUGUAAUUAAUUAGCUGAAAAUUUUCAGUUGAAGACUUUUAUAUUAAA